AUGGACAUCCCCAUCAGCACCAGAGACUUCCACUGCCUGCAGCUGGCCUGUGUGGCCCUUGGCCUGGUGGCCGGCAGCAUUAUCAUUGGCGUCUCCGUGUCCAAGGCUGCUGCUGCUGUGGGUGGUAUCUUUCUGGGCGCCGCUGGGCUUGGGCUCCUCAUCUUCGCCUACCCCUUCCUGAAAGCUCGGUUCAACCUGGACCACAUCCUACCUGCGCUAGGAAAUCUGAGAAUCCACCCUAACUCAGGACCAGAUCAUGGGGAGGGGAGGUCUAGCAACAGCAGCAAUAAGGAAGGAGCCCGCAGCGGCCUGUCCACUGUGACCAGGACCCUGGAGAAGCUGAAGCCUGGAGGCCGGGGAACUGAGGAGAGCUGA